AGUUCCCGGCUAGCUGGCCGAGCCGGAGCUCGCUGCAGCGCUGCCCGCUGCGGGGUACGGUUCUGCGGUUUGGGUGACCGCAGGAGGCCCGACCCGGGGCCGGGGUGUGCGUCCGGAGGGGCUGGGCGGCGGGAUGAUGGAGGAGGAGGACCUGGAGUUCGUGGAGGAGCUGGAAGCGGUGCUGCAGCUCACGCCCGACGUGCAGCUCGCCAUCGAGCAGGUAUUUCCAAGCCAGGAUCCUCUAGAUCGAGCAGAUUUCAAUGCUGUGGAGUAUAUCAAUACCCUGUUCCCCACGGAGCAAUCUCUGGCAAACAUAGACGAAGUUGUGAACAAGAUUAGACUGAAAAUAAGGAGACUGGAUGACAAUAUUCGAACUGUUGUAAGAGGUCAAACAAAUGUGGGACAAGAUGGCAGGCAAGCACUUGAAGAGGCCCAGAAAGCGAUUCAGCAACUCUUCGGCAAAAUCAAAGAUAUCAAAGACAAAGCAGAAAAAUCAGAGCAAAUGGUUAAAGAAAUCACCCGUGAUAUUAAGCAGUUAGAUCAUGCCAAACGCCACCUGACCACCUCAAUCACAACGCUGAACCACCUGCACAUGUUGGCAGGCGGCGUCGAUUCCCUCGAAGCCAUGACCAGGCGGAGGCAGUAUGGAGAAGUUGCUAAUCUUCUUCAGGGUGUGAUGAACGUUCUGGAGCACUUCCACAAGUACAUGGGAAUUCCACAGAUCCGGCAGCUUUCCGAAAGAGUGAAGGCUGCCCAGACUGAGUUAGGACAGCAAAUCCUGGCUGAUUUUGAAGAAGCAUUUCCUUCCCAGGGUACCAAGAGGCCAGGAGGACCCAGCAAUGUCCUACGAGAUGCGUGUCUGAUUGCUAAUAUUUUGGACCCCCGAAUCAAACAGGAAAUCAUUAAAAAGUUUAUUAAACAGCAUCUGUCAGAGUAUCUAGUCCUUUUUCAAGAAAACCAAGAUGUUGCCUGGCUGGACAAAAUUGACAGACGCUAUGCCUGGAUAAAACGCCAGCUUGUGGACUAUGAGGAGAAAUUCGGCCGAAUGUUUCCACGUGAGUGGUACAUGACCGAGAGGAUUGCAGUAGAAUUUUGCCACGUCACAAGGACAGAACUUGCCAAGAUUAUGCGGACCAGAGCUAAGGAAAUUGAAGUGAAAUUGCUUCUUUUUGCUAUUCAGAGAACAACUAACUUUGAGGGAUUUCUUGCAAAACGCUUCUCUGGCUGCACUCUGACAGAUGGUGCCCUGAAAAAACUCGAGUCUCCACCCCCAUCUACCAAUCCGUUCCUGGAAGAUGAGUCAACACCAGAGAUGGAGGAACUGGCAAUGGAGAAAGGAGAUUUAGAUCAACCAAAGAAGCCUAAAGCCCCAGACAAUCCGUUUCAUGGCAUUGUUUCCAAGUGUUUUGAGCCUCAUCUCUACGUGUAUAUUGAGUCCCAGGACAAAAACCUCGGGGAGCUGAUAGAUCGGUUUGUGGCAGAUUUCAAAGCCCAGGGGCCACCUAAGCCCAACAGUGAUGAAGGGGGCGCCGUGCUCCCCAGCUGUGCCGACCUCUUUGUGUACUACAAGAAGUGCAUGGUGCAGUGCUCUCAGCUCAGCACCGGGGAGCCAAUGAUCGCUCUGAGCACCAUUUUCCAGAAGUACCUCCGAGAAUAUGCCUGGAAAAUCCUCUCUGGCAACCUGCCCAAAACCACAAGCAGCAGUGGAGGGCUGACCAUCAGCAGCCUCCUCAAGGAAAAGGAGGGCUCCGAAGCAGCCAAGUUCACCCUGGAGGAGCUCUGCCUCAUCUGCAGCAUCCUGAGCACAGCAGAGUACUGUCUGGCCACUACCCAGCAGCUGGAAGAAAAACUCAAAGAAAAAGUUGAUAUAAGUCUGACUGAACGAAUCAAUCUGACUGGAGAAAUGGACACAUUCAGCACUGUCAUCUCGAACAGCAUCCAGUUGUUGGUUCAGGACCUGGAUGCUGCCUGUGACCCGGCCCUGACUGCCAUGAGCAAGAUGCAGUGGCAGAACGUGGAGCACGUUGGUGACCAGAGCCCCUAUGUCACCUCUGUCAUUCUUCACAUUAAGCAGAACGUGCCCAUCAUCCGUGACAACCUGGCUUCAACACGGAAAUACUUCACUCAGUUCUGCAUUAAAUUUGCAAACUCCUUCAUUCCCAAGUUCAUCACCCACCUCUUCAAGUGCAAGCCAAUUAGCAUGGUGGGAGCAGAACAGCUGCUGCUGGACACCCAUUCCCUGAAGAUGGUCCUGCUCGAUCUGCCUUCCAUUGGCUCCCAGGUGGUGAGGAAAGCACCUGCCAGUUACACUAAGAUUGUUGUGAAAGGCAUGACCCGGGCGGAGAUGAUCCUCAAGGUAGUGAUGGCCCCUCAUGAGCCCUCGGUGGUGUUUGUUGACAACUACAUCAAACUCCUUACAGACUGCAACACAGAAACCUUCCAGAAGAUACUGGACAUGAAGGGGCUGAAGAGGAGCGAGCAGAGCAGCAUGCUGGAACUCUUCCGCCAGAGGCUCCCCACCCCGCCCGCAGGGCCCGAAGCCUCCAGCUCACUGUCCCUGCUGGCUCCCACACCAGAACAGGAGUCUUCUCGCAUCCGCAAACUGGAGAAACUAAUUAAAAAGAGACUGUAGGGGCGCCGGCCAGUGACCCUCAGCGCCCGGCUCCUGGAAGCCCCACCCUCCUGUGCUCAGCCUGACUCUCAGAUGUCCAUCUUGAAACUUCCCAGGACAUUUGGGUUGCUAGUGUGUGUCUCCCAAGCCCUGUCUUACUUCUGUCCUAAUCGGAAAAGCCCCCUCAGGGCCCGGUUAGCAGAAGGCAGUCGGUGGCUCUGGAUGCUGCAGCAGAGGCAGGCUGGGUGAGCGGCCCUGCCCUUCACUGUUGUUUCUGGGCUGUUCUCACUGGUCCGUCGUCACGGACUCCGUAGCCUCCCUCCCUCUGCGGCCUCACCCUCUUCCUCACGUGCACCCGUCCAGGCAGCUUCGGUGACCAAGGCUGGGUCUCCGCCUUCCUCCAUCGGCUGCUGUCUGAGGGGGCUCUGGGGCCCGAGUUCAUGAAGUGGCAGGUGCAGGGGUAGGAA